UGUAACGUGCAAAUCGAAUCUGUAGCUUUUUUUCACUUUGUGCGCAGUAGAACGAUUAGAGGUUAACCGGCAUCUUCAAUCGCCGUAGAUUCAUCACUAUGCGAUAUUUAUCGACGAAUAAAUUAUAGAAAAAAAUCAAGGACAAUGUAAGUUUCAAGAUACCUUGCUUGAAUGCAAUUAAAGUCAACGACGCAAUUAUAACGACCGUCUUAAUUCGCUAUUUACUGACCUCUUCGAAGUCGACAAGGGUGAAAACAAAGGAUCUCAACCCUCGAUUUUAGGAGAAGUUGCACUGUCCAAUUGGAUUUCAUUGUGGAUCAAAUCGUCACAUCAACACGAUGCGAAUAAUUGCACUCGCGUUCCUCCUGCCGUUUUGCGGCUUCAUCGCAGCCAUGCCGCAAUUCGACAUUUUACGACGAUUGUCGCUGAGCGCGCUUAUUAGAAAUUUGCGUUCGAGCAAUGAACAAUCGAACAGCACCAAAUUGAAUCCCAAUGUUGAUCUCAACACGUUGCAGAUAAUAAAAAGAGAAGGUUAUCCCGCAGAGGCUCAUCUUACAAUAACGGAAGACGGUUAUAUCUUAACAAUUCAUCGUAUCCCAGGUAGCAAAGAUUCACCACCUGUGUUGCUGCAGCACGGUUUUUUGUGUAGCUCUGCCGAUUGGGUCAUUCCCAGCAAAGAUAAAGGACUUGCUUUCAUAUUGGCCGAUCAGGGAUAUGAUGUUUGGUUGGGCAAUUUUCGUGGGAAUACUUACUCAAGAGCCCAUGUUUCUUUAUCUCCAUCAAAUUCACAAUUUUGGAAUUUCAGUUUUCACGAAAUGGGUACCUACGAUCUGCCUGCGAUGAUAACGUAUAUCGCGAAUGUAACAUUAAAACCAUUACAUACAUACAUUGGUCAUUCGAUGGGCUCAACUGCUUCUUAUGUGAUGGCAGUGGAACGUCCGGAAAUUGCUCAAAUGGUGCGAGCGAUAAUCAGUUUUGCACCCGUAGCCUUUAUAGCAAACAUGAAAAGUCCAGUACGAUUUUUCGCUCCUUUUGCAAACGAUUAUGAGACAAUUGCACAUUUCUUCGGCGAAGAUGAGUUCCUGCCGCAGAAUAGCGUGCUGCACUUCCUGGCGAAGUAUGGUUGCAAAGUGAAGUCUUUGCAAAAGGAGAUCUGCGCUAACACGUUGUUCCUGAUUUGCGGCUUCGACGAAGAACAAUUCGACUAUACUCUAUUGCCUGUGAUUCUGAGCCAUGACCCGGCCGGCGCUUCAACUAAAACGCUGGUGCACUACGGUCAGGAAGUCACAUCGGGUAAAUUUCGCCGAUACGAUUACGGACCCGAGACAAAUCUGGUGAUUUACAAUGCAACAGAACCGCCAGACUAUGAUUUAACUAAAAUUAAGGUGCCAAUUGCAUUGUUCUACAGUGAUAAUGACUGGUUAUCAAACCGUUUGGAUGUGAAGAGACUCAACAGCCUGCUACCCUACGUAUUAGACCUGUAUAGAGUGCCAUUCUCUAAAUUUAAUCAUUUGGAUUUUAUUUGGGGCAAAGAUGCGCCUAAAAUCGUUUAUAGGAGACUUCUUAAGAUUAUGAAGACGAUUUGAGAGUUAUCGAAUUAUAUGAUGUAGCCAAUAAUGAAAAAUGAAAAAUGAAUAUGGAAUAUUUUAAUUUUUGAUACGAUAGAUGAAAAUUGCAAUCAUAAAGUCAAAAUAAUUUAGAGUUUCUUAGCAAGAAAAUUAGAAUAAUGCGCGUAUUUAAGCAAACGAUUUUUAAGCGAGAAUCUUGAUGGAAAAAUAUUUGGAAUAAAAAUAGUUGUAAUACAAAAAUAUUAUAAAAUGUUCAUAGUG